AUGGCUAUGGAGAGAGUCAAACGCACACUUGAAGUUGGCGGAGUCAUCUGUCCUGCUUAUGCCCACGCUAUAACCAAUGACAAAUCUGCCCAGAUGAGCCAGCCCUAUUCCCCUAAAGUAACUCCUUUUGACGGAGCGUCAGUCAAAGAAUGCAGUUGUAUAUGCUGCUUGAAAACAUCGUCGAACGCGGGACCUUCGAAAUACCGGACACUGAACUGUGAAGACACCACUGAUCCCAUACUGUUGCUGCGGGGCCCUGAUGUGUGGAAAUCAUAG